GGACAUCCAGCAGACAUUCUAACUGUCCAUCUACCUCCAUCCGUCAGAGGACCAUCUAUCCAGUCUAUACAUCUAGAGCACCUCCCGUCUAUCCCUCCUCAGCUUGCUCCCUCUGCCUGGGCGGCCCAGCUUCACUACCUUGGUCAGGCAGUUCUCGCUGGACUCUCUCAGGCGGCUGCAGUGUGACAGUGGCUGGUGAUGUCCCAAGGUCACACACACACACAGACACCUACCCGUCUCGCAAGUGACGCUGGCCAUCAGCUGUCAGCGAUGACGCCUGGAGAGCCCCUGCACGUGAAGACCCCAAUCCGUGACAGCAUGUCGCUGUCCAAAGUGGCAGGCACCAGCGUCUACCUCAAGAUGGACAGUGCCCAACCUUCAGGCUCCUUCAAGAUCCGGGGCAUUGGACACCUCUGCAAGAUGUGGGCUGAGCAAGGCUGUGAACAUUUCGUCUGCUCCUCGGCGGGCAAUGCAGGCAUGGCAGCCGCCUAUGCUGCCAGGAAGCUGGGCAUCCCUGCCACCAUCGUUGUGCCCAGCACCACCCCUGCCCUCACCAUUGAGCGGCUCAAGAAUGAGGGUGCCAUAGUCAAGGUGGUGGGUGAGAUGUUGGAUGAGGCCUUCGAGCUGGCCAAGGCCCUGGCCAAGAACAACCCUGGCUGGGUGUACAUUCCUCCCUUCGACGACCCCCUCAUCUGGGAAGGCCACACUUCCAUCGUGAAGGAGCUGAAGGAGACCCUGAGUGCAAAGCCAGGGGCCAUCGCGCUGUCAGUGGGCGGCGGGGGCCUGCUGUGUGGAGUGGUCCAGGGGCUGCAGGAGGUGGGCUGGGGGGACGUGCCUGUCAUCGCCAUGGAGACCGCCGGAGCCCACAGCUUCCACGCUGCCACCACUGCCGGCAAGCUGGUCUCCCUGCCCCAGGUUACCAGUGUGGCCAAGGCCCUGUGCGUGAAGACUGUGGGGGCUCAAGCCCUGAAGCUGUUUCAGGAACACCCCAUCUUCUCUGAAGUCAUCUCGGACCAGGAGGCUGUGGCCGCCAUUGAGAAGUUCGUGGAUGACGAGAAGAUCCUGGUGGAGCCCGCCUGCGGGGCAGCCCUGGCCGCCGUGUACAGCCGCGUGGUGCAGAAGCUGCAAGGGGAGGGGAAGCUCCAGGCCCCACUGUCCUCCCUCGUGGUCAUUGUCUGCGGGGGCAGCAACAUCAGUCUGAGCCAGCUGCGGGCCCUCAAGGAACAGCUGGGCAUGAACGGGCUGCCCAAGUGAGGGCCCCCGCCUGCCUGCCUCCACUCCCAGGGGACCCCUGGAGGGGCUGGAGUUUUAUCCAGGCCUCGAUGCAAAUAUUAUUCUUGCGUCUGCCUGUGAGCCUGUGGCCCGGACCAGUCGGUUCCCUCCUGGUUCCCACGAGCCCAUCCUGCCAACAGGCUGCAGCUCUGAGGCGGAGCCGGGUAGGCAGCCAGCGAAGCUGUGAACUGAACCUCUCUGGCACCUGUGCAGCGGCUCUGUCCCUAGCCACCAUGGCUAGGUGACAGCCGCCCGUGUGUCCCAUACCAGGUCCCCGGAGCAGGGAGGGCAGGAGGGACGGGACCACUGCAGGACGGGCCUCCUCCCUGGAAGGCGCACAGGGCAGUGGGCCCAGACUGAGAACCAUCUGUCCUCUCCCCACAGGAAGCCCAGCCCGGCCCCGCCCUGUCAGUUUUCUAAUUGUUGAUUUUUUCAUUUAAAAAGAAAAAAAAUAUAUUUAUGAAACAAAGAUCCUUUGAGCUC